ACACCGCCCACCAACACCACACCAACCACACCACCAUGACAACCACCCUCGUCAACAAAAACCUCUCCCUCCGCACCCCCGCCCCCCACAAACACCGCCAAUCCCAACUCUACCGCGACCUCGAACGCCUCCUCGACCUAACACCCAGCACCUUCUCGUCCCCCCUGCUGUCCCUCCCCGCGCCCCUGCGCGCCCAGAUCUUCGCCCUCUUGCUCCCCCCCGCCACGCCCCCGGCCGACCUGCACACCUGCCUCUGGAACGCGGAAAUGCUAGCCUCAGAGCCCUGGCGCCACGCAAGCGUCGGCUACGCGCCGCGCGUGCCCGCCGCGCACCGCGUGCCGCCCGCGCUGCUGCUGAUUAACAAGUCCACGCGCGCGGAGGUGCUGGGGUUGUACUGGGCGCGGGCCAAUCUGACGCUGCAUGCGGAACUCCGCAAUACCAAGUUCCAGAACGAGUUGUUCGUGUACUCGCCCCAUCUCCUCCGCCUGCCACUGCGACCCCAUGUUAAAAGGGCACGGCUGUACGUCGAGUGGAACUUCACGCUCACCCGCACGGCGACGCCGGCGCAGCGGCGCGCCGAGUACGAGGGCAUGGCGCGCGAUCUGUGCAAGGCCGUGGACGAAGUGCUGGGGGCGUGCACGGCGCUGGCGAGUAUGGAGGUUUCUGUGUUGUUUUUCUGGAAGUGGAGGAGUGGGCGCGUGUAUGAGCUUAGCAUGGGGGAUUUGUUCGAGGUCGAGGAGGUGGUGAAGCGGGUUGCGGAGCCGCGGUGGCUGGCGCUUGUGGCGGGGGGUGCUGCGGCGAGUGAAGCCGACGGUGCUGCGGAGGGCGCUGCGGUGCGUGGUGAUGGGAAUGCUGCUGCGGUCGGGUACAAGCUUAGUAGCGAGAACAAGGGCGUUGAGCAGUCCGGCGGGAUGGAGAUCUAUGUCAGUCCGCAUCUGGAGCGCUGCAUGGGGAAGCGCCGCCGUGAGGUGGACUUCUACGGCGUGUUUGCGGUGAAUGAGACGUUGCCGCAGCCGCAGUUUGACGCGGGGCGGAUGAUUUGAGAUGAGGGGUGGGGGGUUGGUUUGGAAUUGGGGGUGGGAAGGGGGAGAGACGGAGAC